AUGGCCAACCGCGGCGCUGCAGCCGGCAAGCUCACCGUCGCGGAGACCUUCUCCAACCUCAGGGAGCAAGGCAAGACUGCAUUCAUCCCGUUCAUCACUGCGGGCGAUCCUGACCUGGCAACCACAUCGAAAGCAUUGAAGAUCCUCAAUUCCUGCGGUUCGGAUGUGAUAGAGGUUGGUGUACCGUACUCGGAUCCACUGGCUGAUGGACCAGUUAUUCAGGCUUCUGCAACACGGGCGCUUAAGAAAGGCACUACACUCGAUUCUGUCAUAGAGAUGCUGAAGGGGGUUACACCUGAGCUUUCUUGCCCCAUUGUUCUUUUCACAUACUAUAAUCCAAUUCUAAAACGUGGUGUGGGAAACUUCAUGGCUAUUAUCAGACAAGCUGGCAUCCAUGGACUUGUAGUUCCUGAUCUUCCUUUGGAGGAGACAGCGUUGCUGAGGAGCGAGGCCAUUAUGCACAACAUAGAGCUGGUGCUCCUUACAACGCCAACCACACCAACAGAUCGGAUGAAGGAAAUCGCAAAAGCUUCAGAAGGAUUUCUUUAUCUUGUGAGUGCUGUAGGAGUUACAGGUGCACGCUCAAAUGUAAACUUGCGCGUAGAACAUCUUCUUAGGGAGAUCAAGAAGGUUACAGACAAACCUGUAGCUGUUGGUUUUGGUGUAUCAACUCCAGAGCAUGUGAAACAGAUCGCAGGCUGGGGAGCAGAUGGUGUGAUUAUUGGCAGCGCAAUUGUCAGACAGCUGUGUGAAGCUGAUACUCCUGAAGAGGGGCUGAAAAGGCUUGAGGAGUACACCAGGAGUAUAAAGGCUGCUAUGCCAUGA